AUGGGAAGCUUGCUUUGCCUCGUGCUGGCUGGAUUUUUUCUCUUACUCACCAUGGAGCUGAAGUUUAUCUUGAUUUAUGAAUGGGGCAACUGUUAUGAGCUGGAAUGCCACGAUCCUGCCAUAAAGCAUGGCUUUGCUGGAAUACUUUCAAUGAUCGCAACGGAUAUUUUGCUGGCAUUGCUUCUCGUUGUGGCCACCGGCGAGCUUUGCAAGGCGUUUGCGCGGCACAUUGCCAAGAGUUGGAACUUUCGCAGCCUCCUUCUCCGACUGUUUGUGGAGCACUUCACAGCCAUCACCAUUGACAUCAUUGCCACUAUUGGCACCUUUUCAUACCUGGCCUUCUCCUUCCUCCCCGAGUGGGAAAUGACUCCAGGGACGGAGUGGUGGGACUCCUCUAGCUGCGCAGGCUUUUGGGAUUUCAAGGCUUGUCGGGUAUUGCGCGGCUGCAGCGAGGACGAUCCGAUCUGCUGCUCUGGCACCCUGUUCUGCGCAAGGUCAAAGCUAGAUUUCCAGCAGAGACGGGCCCUCUUUGAGGCCUGGUUGGGCGGGCUCUUCUUCGUGGCCCCCUUUGUGGAGGUCUUGAUGGAAUUCAUUGUCCCGUUGGUUGCUUACCUGAUCCAUGUGCAAGUUGGGAUCACUCGAGGGCGUCUGGAUGAGGAUCAGCAGAAGCACCGGCUUAGCUCAUGCUGCUGCCGUUGCCUUCGAGGCCUCGGUCGUCUGUUGGCCUUUAUCUUCUUACUGGAUGGAGGCGUACUUGGCUUGCGCUAUGUCUUCAAAGGCUUUCCGUUCAAAGCGCCCAAGAUUCUGGAUUCGCGCGUGACGUCGGAGGCAUUGGGGCCACUCUGCCUUUUCUGCAAGAAGGACAUGAAAUGGACAAGUGGCGGUGAGAGCUGGACCUGUCGACACCAUGACGUUUGUAGGUCAAGUUGUGCAAACAAGGGUCCAUACCGCUGGCAUUGUUCACACUGCGACAUCGACAUUUGUGCAGAUUGCCACCCGCAAGGGGCGACGGUACUGUACGGGCUUUUCGGGCCACUAGACCAGAGAAUUUUGCGCCGAAUGGCGCCUCUGGAUGAGCUUAAGCUGCUCAAGAUGAACUUCUUAAUCCUGGUAAUGUUUGCGCCGAUGAGUCCCAUCGGCCUGAUUCCACAAAUGCUUGCGCGGCAGCUGGAUCUGCAUUCCCGGCUUCCCAAACUACUCAUGGUACGGCGGCGAAACUUUCCGAUGGACAAUCGCCUUGCACACGCCAGCCAAACCAUGUUCUGUCUUCUGAUCUUGCCUUUCGUAGCAUACUGGCAUACAGGUUUGAUUCUGAUCUCGGAAAACGUGGAGCUGCAUAUGCACCCACAAUCUGAAAUACUCCUUACUUGGUUCGCAUCUGGUUUGGUCAUAGCAUCGCUGUCCUUGCUCGGCCAGUGGCUGAUUUCUCGAUGUUCGCAGACGCUGCGGUGGGGUAAAGCACUCUCUCGACACUCGUCUAGCAUUAUUAGUUUUAGCAUGUUGGUAAUAUUCUGA